GUGCGUUUUCUUUGUCAAUUCAUCAGGUUGGCCAAUGUAAACAGUCGGGUUAAACGUUGUGAUAAAAACGACGAUUUUUUAGAUUAAAGUACAAAUAAAGCGGUUGAGAAAAGCGGUUGAUGUUGGGUGACGUUUGAUGUCAAAACCAGCAAACGUCAAAAUAAUAAGAAGAGAAAGUGGCCAUAGUUUUUGACAUCAUCUCGGGAGUUUUCAGUGUUUUCGACCGUGCUUCGACGUCGAUUUAUGAAUAGUUGACGCCCAAUUGGUUAUUUUAAAUGUGUAAAAGCUUUAUAAAAAUCCACAAAACUCAUUUAUAAACCAGUGCGGUUAGUUUUUUGUGUCAUUUCCCGGCGUCAAAAUGUCGGAUGAGAGCCAACCAAAAACUUUAUAUGUAGGCAAUUUAGAUGGAUCCGUUUCGGAGGAUUUACUUUGCGCGUUAUUCUCGCAAAUAGGCCCCGUUAAAGGAUGCAAAAUAAUACGUGAACCCGGCAACGAUCCGUACGCUUUCGUAGAAUUCACCAACCAUCAAUCUGCAUCAACAGCUUUGGCUGCUAUGAACAAACGUGUGUUUCUCGAUAAAGAAAUGAAAGUGAAUUGGGCCACGAGUCCCGGGAACCAGCCGAAAACCGAUACUUCCAAUCACCACCACAUUUUCGUUGGAGAUUUAUCGCCAGAGAUCGAAACGGAGACAUUACGAGAGGCUUUCGCACCGUUUGGCGAAAUUUCAAAUUGUAGAAUAGUUAGGGAUCCGCAAACGUUGAAAUCGAAGGGUUACGCUUUUGUUAGUUUUGUAAAAAAAGCCGAAGCGGAGAACGCGAUCCAAGCUAUGAAUGGACAAUGGUUAGGUUCAAGAUCGAUCCGUACGAAUUGGUCCACGCGGAAACCUCCACCGCCGAGGAGCGAAAAGUUGACAUUAACAAAAGGUAAACAACCAACGUUUGAAGAAGUUUAUAAUCAAAGUUCUCCAACAAAUUGUACCGUUUAUUGUGGGGGGUUUGUUAAUGGUAUUACCGAAGAAUUAAUGCAAAAAACGUUCUCUCGAUUCGGUAUUAUUCAAGAUAUCAGAGUUUUUAAAGAUAAAGGUUACGCAUUUAUUCGAUUCGAAAAUAAAGAAUCCGCUACUCACGCCAUUGAAAACGUUCACAACACGCCUGUUAAUGGCCAAGUAGUUAAGUGUUUUUGGGGGAAGGAAAACGGCGGGAGCGCUCCAAUAAAUAGCACUUCAAAUGUUAGUAAUAUAACAGCUACUUCCAGUGCGAAUACUCCCGAAAAUUCCAUUCAACCAGUUGGAGUUAACAACAGCAUUCAAACACAAUAUCCGUAUGGUUAUGGACAAUAUUGGUAUCCUCAGGGUUACCCCCAAGGGUACAUGCAAGGUUAUGCUGCUUAUCAAUACCCUUAUGCAGCAGCCGCAACCGGACAACAAUACUGCGUGGUACCUCAACAAGGGGGCCAAUGGACAACGACGGCGACAGCGGGGGCUGGUCAAGGUGCAGGACAACAACAAAACGCCGCUCCUGUUAUGUAUGCAACCAUGCAAAAGUAUCCGUCGCAGUAAAAUAAACAACACAUUUGAAAAUGGACGCUUUAAAUAUUAUGUAAUUAUGAGAAAAAAAAAAUUAUGUUGAAAAAUGAAGUUAAAAAAAAG